AUUUUGGGAUUCACAAAUCUGAAAUCUAUAAUGAGUCCUGAAAAAAAAGCAUGGAUUAAACCAUCUUUUGAAGAGAUUCCAUCAACCAUCAAACCAUUGAAGCAUACUAGUAGAAAAAGGCCUCAUGCUGAAAGUGCAAAUAAAAAUUCUGAUUGGUGUAAUACUUACACUCCUCAGUCUGUCUCUAAACUAGCAGUGCAUAAUGGUAAAAUAAAAGAAGUGAAACAUUGGUUUGAAAGUUUAAAUAAUAAUUCGUUGAUUAAAAGUAAAAUCUUACUCGUUACUGGACCUACAGGAUGUGCGAAAGCAACUACAGUGAAAUUGAUAGCCAAACAGUGUGGUUUCAUUUGUUUAGAAUGGGUAACACCAAUGACUAUUGAACCAAUCUAUGACCAGUGCACCGAUGGUUAUUGUUACCAAAAUGUACAAGAUAAGUUCCAAGAUUUUAUUUGGGGCGCAACAAGAUACCGCAGUUUAAGUUGCGGUGUUUCUAAUGGUCAAUUCUUGUUGAUAAAAGAUAUUCCUAAUAUUUUCUUAGAUAAGCCUGAUGAGUUUCAUGAUAUUAUGAUGCGUUUUAAUACACCCUCACAAUUCCCAAUUGUGUUUAUUAUUAACAACGAGAAAAUUAUUCGUGAUCUAUUUUCUCCAGAAAUCUCAGAAAGAUUGAAAGUGCAACAAAUCAAAUUCAACCCAAUCACAAGAAAAUCUGUCUUGGCUGUAUUGGAACAAAUUGUCAAAUCUGAACAACAGAAGAAUAAAUUAUUAAGGAUACCAAAUUCAACUGAAUUUAAUGCUAUAUACGAUGAGACUAACGGUGAUCUGAGAGCAUCAAUUAUAAGUUUAAGUUUUUCCUGUAUGAACGUCCAAAAUAAAAUCAGUAAAAAGUAUUCUACUGCUUCAAUGGACGAGACACUUGAUUUAUUUCAUUCCAUUGGCCGUGUUAUAUACCCAAAGAGAGAAGUUAUAAACUCUCCACUUCAGUUUAAAUUUACUCAUAAUCCUGAUAAACUGGUUGAAAAUUUUGCAAUGCAACCGACUACAGUUUUGGGAUUUCUUCAAGAAAACUAUUUAACUCGUUUCUCUAGUUUAACUGACAUUUGCAAAGGAGCUGAUGCAAUCAGUGCCGCUGAUGUAAUGUUAAGUUCAAAUUUUAUGUUUGGAGUUUCUAUAUAUGAUAUAAGUUUGUCGUCAUUAUCAGUAGCUGUCAGAGGACUAAUGUUGGCAAAUGAAAAACCCGUAAAGGCAUUUAGAUCAAUUGUAAAGCCAAAACAUUUCCAAUAUACCAAUGAUAUACAAAUGUAUAAGGAUAUUAAAGGAUGGUUUGACGAUGUACACGAAUCUCCUAAAGAUAUAUUGUUAGACAUUAUACCAUUUGUAAAUGAACUAGGAACUGAUAAACAGAAACGUGUUGCUAAAGAAUUGUGGAGUUUCAAAAGAAAAUAAUGACUGAGAUACCUGUACAGUUUUACUAUAGUAUAAUAUACUUAUACAAAAUAUAAUUUUUAAGAAUUUGUAUAUUUGUAAUGUAUAAAAUGUGUUUUGUUAAUGAAAUUUAUACAAAUUAAAGUGUAAAUAAAAACUAAUUUUGAAUCAUUUUAUUUUGGACGACUAAAAAGUAAACAACUAUAAAAAAAAUAGAACAUCAGAGAAAGUCUUGAAAUCCAUAUACAUUGUACACUG